ACUUUAGAAAAUGAAUUAAUUUUCAUUUUCAUUCUUCACGACGACAAAUUCGAGUGACUCCUUGAUAAGUAAUCCAAUGAGAAGAAUAUAUAUUUCCGGAAAUAAACUAUUCCACAACCAGAUUAUUGCGGAAAAAUUAUUCCAUGCCAGAAAAUUGCGGAUAUAUUUGAAAUUUUUACCGUUAUAAAUAUCAAAGUAAGAAUUUAAUCUUAUGUUAUUAAAAUUAAAUUCUUCAUGAUUUAAUGAUUAAGAUAAUAAAUUAUAAUGCUAAAUACAUUAUAUUUUCACUUCUUAUGACAUUUCGUAAUUAAAACUAAAAUUUGCAAAAUAUUUUGUCACGCAUUUAA